AUGAAUCAACUGCCGAUGCACCAAGCACUCAGACCACUUGCGUGGCUGGAAGGAGUUUGGCGUACAGAAAGUUUGGGAAGUGGCAAAUUUCCUACUAUUAAUUCGUUCAAAUACUGUGAAGAAAUCACUUUCUCAUCUAUUGGUCAGCCAAUGUUAAACUACACUGCCCAAAGCUGGCAUCCUGAAAAGAAGAAUCCAAUGCACAGAGAAGUUGGAUUUCUCAAGAUAGUGCCCAAUACAAACAAAGUGUCAUUGUUUCUGUCACAUAAUUUUGGAUUGACUACAGUUGAAGAAGGAGAAGUUGUUGAUAAUGCAGUACAGCUGCUCAGUACUAGUGUAUCAAGAACAAUUGAAGGAUCAAAGCCUCCUGCUGUAUUACAGAUAAAGCGUGAACUUAAACUUGUGGAAGAUGCACUUCACCAAACUGUCUAUAUGAGUACAGAGACAAGACCGGAACUAACAGAACACUUGCACGCAGUGUACAAAAGACAAGAUGCUCCUCUCUAUAAGUAA